AUGCUUUCGACUUAUUUUGAUGAAGCAAGGAAAAUACUUUUAGGUUUACUCAGUUGGGAAAACAGAACUAUGAGCGAAUCAUUUGAGAGCAGAUUUGUUUUACAUGAAGGAACACUUUCGGAGAGAACUAAGAAUAUGGAUGAGCUUCUUGAGACGCUUCUAGCUGUUAUUAAGGAAAAAGGCUUUUUUAGGAAGAAAAAAUUCCAAUUAAUGGAAUUCUUUUGA